AUGGCUGACCUCAACCCCAGAUUGGGAGAAAUGGCUGCUGAGAAUGGGGCAUUUCUUCGAUCUGCAAUGGAAGGAUCAAGGGAUCUAUCACUUGAUCAAGCUACUCGAGAGGCCAAUUGUCAUGGACUGGUCAUUGUUGGCUGCGGCCUUGAGCUUCUGGUCCUCGAAGACGAACACCAUGAGCUUACUGUUCAGCAUGAUGACACCGACGGUUCUACACAUGGCUAUGCCCUUCACGGCCCUAAAGGCUGA